UUUCGCAACCAGUAUGAUAGCGAUGUCACAGUAUGGAGUCCACAGGGAAGGCUAUAUCAAGUUGAAUACGCAAUGGAAGCCGUUAAACAAGGUGCUGCAGUUGUUGGAAUAAAAUCAAGGACCCACGUUGUUUUAGCGGCUUUUAAACGCGCUACUGACGAUUUAGCUGCAAAUCAAAAGAAAGUUUUGGCAAUAGAUGACCACAUUGGUGUAGGGUUUUCCGGUUUAACAGCGGAUGCUCAAGUCUUAACGAAAUUUUUAAGAACUGAAUGUUUAAAUUCGAAAUAUGCCUAUAAUACGCCUCAUUCUGUUACUAGGCUCAUUGCCGCAUUAGGAGCGAAAAUGCAGAUUUGUACACAAGUAUACGGCCGGAGACCAUUUGGCGUCGGGUUUCUAGUUGCUGGAUUUGACGAAACUGGAAGUCACUUAAUUCAGACAUGUCCAUCUUCCAAUUAUUAUGAUUGCAAGGCGAUGGCUAUUGGAGCAAGAUCUCAGUCUGCCAGAACGUACAUGGAAAGGAAACUGGAAGAAUUUGAGGAUUGCGACCGAAAUAAGUUAAUUACACAUGGUUUAACUGCUUUAAGAGAAUGUCUAUCUGACGGAGACCUUGAUACAAAGAAUUGUUCUAUGGCCGUGGUCGGGAAGGGAGAGAAUUUUCAAAUAUAUGAUGGGGACGCUAUCGCUUCAUUUAUAUCUUUUACAUUGUGA